UUUUGUAUGGCGGGAUCUGUAGUCUCUGGAGAUUCGCCUACAGUACGCACGUAUAAGCAUCUUCGGCAAAAUAACUACGUUUCCCGUGAUGCGUCGCGUCGCAUUUUGACGACAGCAGUGUGUUGAGUCUCCAAGAUGGCGGCGUGGGGAAGGAGGCGCGGUGUCACAGGCAGCAGGGAGAGGAUCGUGUCGUCCACAGACUGCUACAUCGUGCAUGAGAUCUACAAUGGGGAGAACGCUCAGGAGCAGUUUGAGUACGAGCUGGAGCAAGCUCUGGAGGCGCAAUACAAGUACAUCGUGAUCGAGCCCACCCGCAUUGGGGACGAGACGGCCCGCUGGGUCGCGGUGGGGAACUGCCUGCACAAAACAGCUGUGCUGUCGGGCAGCGCCUGCCUGCUCACCCCGCUGUCCCUGCCACAGGAGUACUCGCGCUACAUCGCUCUGCCCGCCGGAGCCCUCAGCGUGGCAUGUGCAGCUCUCUAUGGCAUCUCCUGGCAGUUCGACCCCUGCUGCAAGUACCAAGUUGAGUACGACACCUAUAAACUGUCCCGCUUGCCACUGCACACGCUCACUACUUCCACGCCCGUUGUGCUGGUGAGAAAGGACGACAUUCACAGAAAGAGACUCCACAACACGAUAGUGCUAGCUGCCCUGGCAUACUGUGUAAAGAAGAUUUAUGAACUUUACGUUGUAUGAUUUAAAAAAACAAACUGAGACAGAAUGUUAAGCUUCUUGUAUUGUUUUGGCACUUCUUGUUGUUGAUGCCCAGAGGAAUUUGGUUAAAAUUAUAGUUUUUUUUCUUUCUUUUUAAUUCUUUUAAGUAACAUCACCAGUGCACUGAUUAUAUCACUAUUUCUUUUUACCGUUCUCUGUACACUAAACUGUGGGUUUGGAUUGAAUUAAAUAUUUGAGAAUUAAAAGACCUUAUUAAAUGGACAA